CGCCCAGCCAAAUGUCUCACGUCAUCUCGCUAUCAACACCUCGGCUUCGAACUUCCCCUGCAACUCGCAGCUUGCUACUCGUAUGAAUCACUCACUGAAUCGUCACCUUUCGCUCGAACUGCACAUCACUUCCUCAAGAAUAUUUCGAAUUCGGCGACCAGUGCAUCAGCCAUGACAGGCUUCCUACCGUCAACGCUGGCAGUGACGUUCACCCCGACCGGCGUCUUCCACAACGCCCUCGCUCCUUCACUCGGUAUCCACGCCGCCCUGUCAUUGGGAGCUUACGGUAUCAGCCGUCUCACCAAACGAGUCGACAUCAAAGACUGGCUGUGGCCGUCCGGUCUCGUCGUCAACGCCUGGUACCAUGCCCUCCGACCCGCUUUCAACUCGAGCUUGUCCUCCCCGGUCAGCGUCGUCCUGAAAUCCCUGCCUUGGGCGCAACAACUCUUACUCGGCGGGGUGACGGUUUGGGGGACGAGACUGUUUUACCGGAUCGUCAGUCGGAGUCUACGUCGAGGUCAGGAUGAUCCGAGGUACGCCAAGUUUCAUGGCAAUGACGCCGAAUCGGAGGGAUUAUGGAACAAGACCUUGCUCUCGAUCUUUGGGAUGGAGGGUCUCGCUCAAUCCUUGAUCGCCUUGUCAUGGAGCAUCCCCCUGUCCAACCCCGUCGGAUCCAGAGUCACUAGCUUUAUCACCCCUUCUUCCGCCGUAAUCGCCGAGGUGGUCCACAACCUCGCCAUCGCGCUCUUCACCUCGGGUCUCGCUCUGGAAAUCCUCGCCGACUAUCAACUCGAAGCGCACAAGCGUAAACGGUCCCCUUCCAAUUCGAAUGAGCUCCAGCGCUCCGGAGUCUGGUCCAUCGUCCGUCAUCCCAACUAUCUCGGCGAUGCCCUCGUCCACCUCUCUUUCCCCUUGCUGUCCUACGCCUCUUCCUCCUUGUCCCUCUUCUCCCUUAUCGGACCUCUGGCCAACUAUCUCUUCCUUCGCUACGUAGGCGGAGACAAGGAGAACGAGUCCGACCAGGAGGAGAGGUACCGAAAAGGAUCUCGUGGCAAGUUGGAACAGCUACAGACGUGGAGAGGAGAGAAGAACAGUUUCUGGCCGGGCCUGCGGGAGGUGGGGAAUCCUUGGACUUGGAUCGUGAUCGGUUUGGGGGCCGUCGGGGUGGGUUUGGAAAAGGGGUUGAAACGGAUCAGCCCGAUGCCAUGAGUCCCUCAGAGUUUGGUGUGUUCACACGAUGUAGCAAAAGUAUAGAUUUCAAAAAACAAGAAUGACUAAGCUGGAAGUGCGGCCAUGG